ACAUACACUGAGUCGUCUGUUUUACUCUUUGCUCUACAUUUAUGUAAUAGCCUGCCAGAAAAAAAUGAAGUCUCGAGAGACUUCCUUCUUUUGUUUUAAGGAAAUGAAACAGACUGAACUUUCUAAUGCGAGAGCCUUUCCCCCACCUCCUCUGAAACUCCCACAGCUGGUAAAUCCCCGCUGCAAAGGUUGGACACGUCAUAGAAGAAACGAGGCUGGGACGCCCCCGCUCUCCGCCCCCACCCUCCUCUCACUGUAUAAAGGUGGAGGCUGAUGGAUGAGAAUCCACAUCAGAUCUCCAGAGCCAAAGUGACCUUCUCCAAACUUGUGACCCUGUCAGGAUGGCUGCUGCUCGUUUCUGUCUGCCUGUGCUGGUCCUCGUGCUGGCUGCGCUGGCUCUGACUCACGGUAUGAGGGGGGCCGGCCCAAAGAAAUGCUGCUUCCGCUUUAAUGACAUUCCCAUUGAAAAAGAGAAAGUGGUCGAUUAUGUGAAGACCAGCCAGCGUUGCUCCAGGCCUGCUGUCCUGCUGAAGACAGUGGCCGGUCGUCAGCUGUGCGUCAGACCCUCGGCCCCCUGGGUAAAGGAGAUCAUCAGCUACCUGAGUGCUGAGGGACAGUCCUCCAGUAUGUAAGGAUGGAGGCCCCCCAAUGCCCGCUGGACAGUCAGCAGCACCGCCUUUAUUACAGCUCAGUUUGAGGAUUUUUGGUUUUCUUUGAUUUUCUGAGAACAUUUUCUUUAUUCAACACUUUGACCGGCAACACUGUGAAGCGCUGUAAUCUGACCCAGAGGACACCCCCUCCCAUGAAGAAGAAUGACAGGGGCGACUCUUCAUCAACAGAGAAUAAGCUAUGAGCUCCAGAACAUUCUGACCUACAAAUGUUUUUAUUUUUCUGCAUAUUUGAAGUAAUUAUUUUAACAUAUAUGAAUUAUUCAGAAAUCAAUUAAUGUUUUUUUAUGAGUAUAAUUUUGUUUUUUACAUUUCUGACAUGUUUUUGAACUUUUGUCUCUGCAAACUUUGGAAAAAAAGCAUAAAAGUCUUAUAACAAUAAAACUAUUGGACCAAAUGGA